GACAGGAGAUGGUGAAGAUGUUGCUCAAUCAUCAAAAAUUUAAAAUGCUUUUGGAACGAUCUCUUUCCACCAGUGACCUGGAAGAUAUUCUGACAAGAAUGAAGAAGAAAGGGAUGGAAAACCAGAAGGCUGAACGCCCAUCUGUCAAGGAGCUGGUGAAGAAGAGGAACGAUGGCUCCAAGAAGCCCCAGGCCACAUUGUCUUCUAGCAAACGGUACUGAGCACUUUAUUCAGAUGUGACAAAGCACAUGACAAGCUUUACAUGUCUCUUCCUCAGGAAAAUCUUUCUGGCAGAGAUGGCCAGUGACACAGAUUGUUCUCUUUCCCUACAAAUGCUCUAUGAUAAAAAAGUCUACUUCUGCAUUACACUGAACACAACUUCUUUGGAGGGGUUUUCACAAUUGAGAGACAAAAAGACCCCAUUGGUUGCAGCUCAGAUGAUCCAGUGCAGUGGCAAGGGCAGUGGUAUGGAGGCUAUGACAGGGCCAAGUUUCUGCUGCCUGACUUGGGACAAGGAAAUUCAACCAGGGCUUUUUUUUCAUCUGAGUGGAGUCUUUUCCUGAUGGGUGUUUUGAUGAGAAGUCUCAGUCUAGAAGCAGGAUGCCAUUCCACAAAGAUGCAGUUCUCAUGCAUGUGGUUUGGCCUGGCUGAAUCAUGGUUUUCUUGCCCUGAAACAGUAUCAAGUUUGAGUAGUAAGUAGCAAUGCAAUUCCUGAUCAACUUCAAACAACAGGUGUCUCAAUGUGUACUUUUUGUCUUGAUAUUCCUGUCCUUCAUAUGAUUUGCUUGAUGGACAGCAUGUUUGGUUUAUUUCAUCCUGUGCUGCAAUCAGCAUUUAAGACAGGAAUUUGGUCCUUGCUGUCUCUUCAUGGCAGUUGCAGAGCUACUUGUACCUGUUCUCCUCUGAUCACAGAGGGGAUUUAUUUAGCUCUGUCACGCUCAGCAGUGGCAGGAAAGUCACCACAUGCCUCAGUAGCAUAGCUAGCAUCUUUCCAUGCUCAUGGAAGAGACAGCUUGAUCCAGGAGAAUUGUUCCCAGUGGGGUUGUUAAGCUGUGGAUCUAGUCUCUAGGGAAGCAAAUGAAAUGUGAGCAUAGUUCUGGGGUGUCUGGCUUCUGUUUUUAUCUCUGUGACUGAUUUUCUGAAUCCUUCACAUAUGACCCUGUUCAUCUGUUCAGAUGCAUCUGAGCUAUUUUUGCAGAGAUUGUCAUGCCUGGUUGUAGAGACACUUCUCCAGAGUGAUGAGUUUCCUGAUUAUGAGACACAAACAUUCCAUAUGAGGAGCCACUUAAACUUGGAAGUAGUGUCUCUCUUUCUCCACAAAGCAAUGUGACCUGUGUGCCUUGGCAGCCAUCUGAAGAUAGAUCAGAUGCAUCUCAUCCUUGCUUUUCCUGAGUGAGCACUGGCAAGAAUGUUCCUUGCAGAUUGUCUCCCAAAAUGAUUGUCAUUAGGUCCACAUUGUUUUUCAGAGCCUCAUGACUUUCCAGCUUGAAAUCACAUAAUUAGAAAAGCUACUGAAGAUGUUUUUCUCACAAUUUACUGAAGGUAUUAUCACCAACAGGUCCUCAUUUGGUUUUAUUUUCCAGGGUGAAAUCUACCUCUGAUGGAUGCCUCCUACACUGUGCACAAGCCCAGGUCACGUUACCUCCGGUUGAGGAAGAAACGGAGCUGCUCCAGAAGCUUUACAAUCUCCUGGAGGCCAAGGGGUUUCAGACGCGCAUGGAAGGAGUGUCACUCCUCCAAGACCUGUGCAAAACCAGCCCCCAGCUCAUCUCCACUAACAUUGUCCAAAUUUUUGAUUAUUUUGUCCUGAGAAUAUCUGACAGCCACAAGAAAGUGAAGCAGAAGGCGCUGGACGUGCUGGCUGAAAUCACAGGCGUCCUGAAAGAUGCCUUGAACCCGGUGAUCAUUGGUUUGGUGGAAGGAAUAACGAAGAACCUGAACUCCAAGGAUCCCAGGGUUCGUGCUGCAGCUGUGAAAGCAUUGGAAGAAUCCAUUGCUCAUUUAGAUAAAGUGUCACUGCUGAAGGAGUUCAGCUACCAGUGGAAUCAACUGAGUGGCCAAGCUCUGCUGGAUGUCACGGAGUGUAUCACAGUGCUUGUGGAGUGGGUUUAUGCCAGGAGCCCUGAAGUGGUCCAGCACGACGCCCUGCCCGUGCUCUGGUCCUUCCUGGAGAACAAGGCGCUGCCGGUGCGAAGCGCCAAUGUCCGCACUGUGGCCACCAAGCUUGCCUCUGCCCUCCACAAGGUGAUGGGCACCAAGCUGAAGAGAUGUGCUGCCAGCCAGCCUCCACAUGUGCGGGAAAACCUCUCCAAAAUGUUGGGCUGGUGAAGGCAUGAUGUUCUCCAGAGAGAUGACAACGUGCUGAGUUGGACACCUCCAGAUCUGCCUUGUUAGCUGUGCCAAAAGAGACCAAAUGCUAAGGAAUGGUGUGCACCUGCCCCCUCUCUCUCCAUCGCCCUUCCUAGUCAUGGCAUGGGGGGCCUGAAGCAACUCCAGACUGAGGAAAAGGUGAAGGCUGAUCAUGGCUCAGCCUCACACAGAGAUCUGACUGGUUACAGUCUUACUGAGAAGGUUCCUCUGGACAAUUCCCAUGGUGCCUUACCCACAAAGUCCUUGCCUGCUGUACAGAAGAGCUCUCUUUUCUCCAAGUUCAGGAAGAAGCUGCUGCCUGUAUGAAUAUUGUUUGAAGAACAGGAUUUAUAUGUUAGGUUUUGUAGUAGAUGUACAUAUGUUCUGAUCCUUAGAUGUAGUUUUGAAUAAAUGUGUUUUGAUUGUACCUUUAAA